AUGCCUAACCCUGCAACCCUUGUCAGCCGUGUCGGCGAGCCUUCUGAGUACCAGCUCCUGCGUGAAGUACUUCGCCGCAAACUCAUCAAGGUCUCACCAGCUCUCUAUCCUAAUAUCACGCUCGAUCAAAUCCUCGCUGCGAAUGGCGAAAACAACAUGUAUCCCUACCAAGAUCAUCCGCUUGCCAUGCAAGUCAACAUGGGCGCCACCUUAGCAGGCGUGCUUUUCCGUCGCGGAGAAGUGAAGUACAACAUCAAGAACCGCGUCCCGAUGGGCCAAUGGAGCUUUGAAACCGCCUUGGCCUACUUCUGCAGCAACAGUAACGACAACAUCAGCUUCUCAAGCUACUUUCGACAGACCCGCGCUCGCCUUUACCUCGCCGCGUACGCCAAAUACGAAAACAAGGCCACGAACGUCCAGAAGGUCUACAUGCUCGCCUGCGCUGAAGAGAACGGAAAUAAGCGCAUCCAAGACCGCGGCUUCAAGCCCACCCAUUAUCGCGAGCGCUUCAUCCACGAGCUGCUACAGAAUCCCCAAGACUUCGACAUUUGCACACAGAACCGCAACAAGGGUAUCCUGAAGGACAUGCGGCAGCUAGUCGAGUCAUGGAAGCUGGUUGAGACCAACUUCGAUCCAGACAACGUCCGCCACCAGAAGCUGGCUGAGAUUGGACCGGCUCUUGUCGAAUUCUUCGAAGCUGAACACAUCGCUAAGGACGACAAGCCGGAUAGUAUCCCUGGUGUCAGUCCUACCGCUGUCAUCGAGCUCGAUGUGACCAAGUAUCAGCCCUACACCGCCGACUAUCGCAUCUUGACAGGCCUUUUGAAGGCUAUGCAGGGUUUUCGUACCUACGAGACUGUCGACAUAUUGGUUGUGGACGACAUUGCUGAUGGGCUUGAUGGUUUGAAGGUUUCCAAUGAUAUUGGAAUGGAUGUCACACCGGUUGAGGGCCCAAGUCGACCUGUAUUGCAUGUCAUGACUAUGCCGGAAGUCGAUCUUUCCCGCUUGGGUGACGUUGUUACGCUGAACUUCGACUAA